UGGGAUUUCCUCUCCUCCUUCUCAGCAUCAUCCUACUCCUCCUAGGGAUGUGUCGGCGUGCGGUGCACCUGUUUUAUGUAUUAUUUGGGUCAUCCACCGCUGAAAUGCUCUAUUUUAACCAGUGUCAUCAAUAGCCAAACGAAAAGGUUUAAACGACCUAUUCGGUGGGACCCGAGAGACCUCGAUUCAGUGAGAUUUAGGUAGAGGAUGUGUUGAUUUUUUUCUCUUUCGGCUGCAGCAGUGAGACAGCAUCUUUGCCGGGUGACACAUCAUUAUCAGUGCGAGUGGACAAGCCCUGUAGGACAUCAUGUCGGACAAAAGCGACUUAAAAGCAGAGCUGGAGCGCAAGAAGCAGCGCCUCGCCCAAAUAAGGGAGGAAAAAAAGAGAAAGGAGGAGGAGAGGAAGAAGAAAGAGGUAAGGAAAAAAUCAGAGAGCCAGCAGAAGAGAGAGAUGACCCCAGAGGACUCAGACUUAGACCGUAAGCGCAGGGAGACCGAGGCCCUCCUACAGAGUAUCGGCAUCUCACCGGAGCCUCCUCUGGUCCCGACCCCAGUGUCACCCUCCAAAUCAGUGAGCACGCCCAGUGAGACGGGGAGCCAGGAUUCAGCUGAUGGAGGAGCAGCAAGCAGGUUUAGGUCAGGUUUCUCUAAAAACAAGUUCCAAGCACAGAGCUCAAGGACGCUGCAGUGGGACACAGACCCCUCUGUGCUGCAGCUGCAAGCUGAUUCUGAGCUCGGGCGCAGGAUGUUGAGGCUUGGGGCUUCUAAGAUCACACAGGUAGACUUCCUUCCCAAAGAGGUGGUCUCCUACAGCAAGGAGACACAGACGCCACACACGGCCCACCUAUCUGAAGUAGAGGAGGAAGAGGAAGAUGAGGAGAUGAUGGAGGCGAAGCCUGGCCCCGAGUCUGAGCAGCAGGAUGAAGAUGACAACCGGGAAACCAAAGAAGGCUCAUUUCCAGUGCUGCGGGAGCUGACAGAGGAGGAGAGGCAGCAGAUCCUGCACUCUUCGGAAUUUCAGAGCUUCUUCGACUGCAGCAUUCGGGUGAUGGAGCGAGCUCUUGCUGAAGACGGCGACAUCUUCUUCGACUACAGCGGCCGGGACCUAGAGGACAAAGAGGGGGACUUGGGUAGCGGUUCCAGCCUGUCUUUCAGUAGACUCUUCUAUGAUGAACACUGGUCGAAACAUCGCGUAAUCACCUGCCUUGACUGGUCCCUUCAGUAUCCUGAGUUGCUCGUUGCCUCCUAUAACAAUAAUGAAGAUGCUCCUCAUGAACCGGAUGGUGUUGCCCUUGUGUGGAACAUCAAAUUUAAGAAGUCCACACCAGAGUACAUCUUUCACUGUCAGUCUCCAGUAGUAUCUGUGGGCUUUGCCAGGUUUCAUCCCAACCUGGUGGUGGGGGGGACUUACUCAGGACAGAUCGUCCUGUGGGACAACCGGAGUCACCGUCGGACCCCCGUCCAAAGGACUCCUCUGUCUGCUGCUGCACACACUCACCCAGUGUACUGUGUGAACGUGGUCGGCACCCAGAACGCCAACAACCUGAUUACUGUGUCUACAGACGGCAGGAUGUGCUCCUGGAGUCUGGACAUGCUCUCCCAGCCACAGGAGACCAUGGAACUGGUGUACAAUAAAUCCAAACCUGUAGCAGUGACAGGCAUGGCUUUUCCCACUGGAGACGUUAACAAUUAUGUGGUCGGGAGUGAGGAGGGCACUGUUUACACUGCAUCCAGACAUGGCAGUAAGGCAGGUAUCUGUGAGAUGUUUGAGGGCCACCAGGGGCCUGUGACGGGCAUCAGCUGCCACAGCGCAGUGGGCACUGUCGACUUUUCCCACCUCUUCAUCACAUCCUCCUUCGACUGGACCGUCAAACUCUGGAGCACCAAGCACAACAAGCCUAUGUACUCGUUUGAGGACAACGCCGACUAUGUGUAUGACGUCAUGUGGUCGCCCGUACACCCAGCAAUCUUUGCCGCCGUGGAUGGCAUGGGCCGCUUAGACCUGUGGAACCUCAACAAUGACACUGAGGUACCAACUGCCAGUGUGACCAUUGAGGGCGCUUCGGCCCUCAACAGAGUCCGCUGGUCGUCAGGAGGGAAGGAGGUGGCUGUAGGCGACUCGGAAGGUCGAGUUUGGAUCUACGACACUGGAGAGCUUUCGGUGACUCACACGGACGACUGGGGGCGCUUUGCUCGUACCCUAAUGGAGAUCCGUGCUAACCGGGCGGACGGCGAGGAGGAGGGGCCUAUGGAGCUGGCUUCAUAGAGCAGGACUCCAAACCAAAGCGGAGGGAAAUCAGAGACCUGGUGUGCUUUUAUUGGUGUCACUGUAGCAUGUACACUCAGUUUUGUUUUGUUUCUUCACCUUUAUGUACAGUUCCUGUCUGGUCCAAACAACGCCUCGCUGAUACUGUAUUUUUGCAUCUACUCUCCUGUAAAUGCGAACUGUCUGUUAAUAGGUAAACUGUUGACCUCUACUGAUUUGUCCGCCCUUAUUUAUUUGUUUAACGAUUUAAGCCGAUGUGUUGCUUGCAACUUGUGAGCCUACAGUAUAUACAAAGUGGAAGUCUUAUAGCCUUACGAAGAUAUGUGUACUGUAACGACGCUUUGCACUACCGUAAAAAUAAAGCAGGGUCCAUAGACUAGUCAUGUAUUGUUUACAGAAUGUCAUGUUCACUUUAUGUUGUGCUUAUUUUUCUCUGUAUUAUGCCUGCAUGCGACACAAUUCUGAAAUAUUCCAGAUGCAUAAACAUGGGAGUUGUUAUGGUGAUGUAUUCACACGUGGGGCUUUGUGGCUGCUUUAUGUUAGUGUGUCAGGGUGUCAGAAACUCAAUCAAGUGUUCAGAACACUUCCGUUCUGAACGAGAGCAACAGCUCUCUUUAAUGAGCUGUAACAACUAUAAGGAGGUAUAUUGUAUUGCAGUGCUCGCUGUUAAACCUGCUAUGUUUGCGAUUAAAGCGUAGCUGACCAA